CGAGUCAAGACAUAUGUUCCUAUCUUGAAAGCCAGAGCCCAGAUCUCGAGUCACCCUGCAACAACAGACUAAUUAGUGUACAGUCGUCAUUCAUUGCAAUCUUAAGCCAAGAAGUCUACAAAGUUUGAUGCUGUAUGCAGAUUAAGUCCUAAAGAUAAACAUCUGAUGAUGGAUUCCACAGAGAAUGAGCGGAUGUCAGUGCUUCUGUCAAAAUACCUAGAAUUGAGAUGCACAGGGACACAGGAAGAGGUAGAUAUCAAAAGAAAGACAUAUGUUACAAUGGGGUAUUUUGGAAGUGAUGAAGUAAUAUCUACCUUUCACGGUGGAAGUACUGCAGAGGGACUUACUCUAUUGGGUUCAGAUGUAGACAUAAUGAUCAUUUUGAAGGAUGUUAUAGUUAUGUACCCUGAUCAGUGUUUUCCUCCAAAUAUGGCACACAAAACAAUUCUGUACGCAAGAGCAGCAGAUUGCCGCCCUGGCUAUGUCUUCUUACAGCUUCCUCAGUUACAAAAGAGAGUCCACUAUUUGUUAACUGAUGCACUAGUUAGAAUUGAGGAUUCAAUGUUUGUUUCCAGUGAUAUCUUCAGAGAGCACUUAGUCAGUAGCACUGGUAAACAAACAGGCCUGAAAAUUGAAUCGAAUGGACCAGCCUGUAUAGAAGAUACAUUGACCGGUGGAGAAGACGUUGUUGUGUGUUUUCCAUGUCAUAGUUGGCCAAAGGAAGCUAAUGAAUGGAUUACACGUGCACGUCUGUAUGGAUGGCCACGUCAAACCUUGAUAGACAAUAUCGUACACCAUGGAUGUCAUCUUGUCCCAGUUGGAGACAAGUGUUCGAAUUCUGAGAACACUUUUCUCCAAUGGAGAAUUUCAUUUGCAACAGCAGAGAGAUCUUUAGUUCACUCCUUUAGUCACAUCCAAUUCAAAGUGUAUACUUUGCUGAAAUAUUUUUUGAAGCAAAUAAAAGGAAUAUUAAAAGAGACCAUUGGGGAUGACGAUAUCUUGUGCUCCUAUUUUUUGAAGAUAGUCCUUUUUCAUGCCAUUGAGAAUUCCAACCAACUAUUCUGGCAAGAGAAAAACCUAUUUUAUUGUUUUUGGUUUUGCUUCAAAAUACUAAUUGCUUUCGUCAGGGCAGGUUUCUGUCCCAAUUACUUCAUCCCAGCCAACAAUUUAUUCAAGAGGAAAGUCCAUGGACAACAUCAGCAAAUUCUGUUAGAUGUUUUGAGCAACCACCAUCAGAUGAAAUGGAAGUGUCUUUCGGUAGGAAACUUCUUCAAACCUUCAAUAUGGGAAGAUCUGUGUAAUCCUUCAAUACAAGCUCAACUUGUGUGUCCCAGGACUACACAGGUCACUGCAUACAUACACGAUAGACAACGUAUGGACCAUCUGCGACAAAUAAUUGUCUCGUAUCAAGCUUCAUGGAGUGAACUAAGUGUCUUCAGGAAGGCAAUUAAUUCAUUAUCGACAUCACAGUCAGAAACAGAUGAACUUUUCUCAUUCACUUACGCUAUACAACACCUUCACGAUCUUGCAACAGAGCAGGUUUAUCCGGAGCACAUGGUUGCUACAGACAACAAGACCAGGUACAGAAGUCUAAGGAAAUGUAAACACUGGAUGAUUCGCAAAGCCUCCAUUGGAACUGAACUGCUACAUUUGGCAACUUUUCAUUUUUUGACUGGAAAUUUCUUUAAAACUCUGGAAAUGUGCAAACAAGUGAUGAAACUAGCAUCAUGUUACUUCACAAAAAGAGGUUCACAUCCAGAACAAAAGCUUAAGGCAAUGUAUAGCCAUGUGUAUCAUCAAUUUGAACAUUCCUCAGACAGGCUGAAGAAAGUGUACUCAGAAAUAUUGUCAUUUUCAAAGAAAGGCUUGUAUCUUCCUCAUCUCUGUCAGGAAAUAUUAAGAACACAGAUAAGAAUGUUUAUCCCACCACUACCCUAUGCAUUGUUCCUGUCCUUCCUGUGCUGUCAUGAACUUGGAGAUACUACAGGACGUGAUGAAGCAUUAAGGCUCCUCAUAGAGGUCCAGAGUGAUAAUGUACAAGGAGGACACCGAUCCUGGAUAGUCCACACUCUCCUGGGGAUAUGUUACCAGACACUUGGGGACAAUCACAGGGCCAUCAAGGCUUACUGGGAUUCAGCAAAAUCACAGGCUGAUUAUCAAAUAUGGAAUCCUGCGAUUGAGAGGAUAGCAGUGGUGUAUCUUUGUAUGUAUGUCUCACAGAAGUCUGAUAGAGGAUAGCUGUGGUGUAGCUAUGUAUGCAUGUCUCACAGAAGUCUGAUAGAGGAUAACUGUGGUGUAUCUAUGUAUGUAUGUCUCACAGAGGUCUGACAGAGGAUAGCUGUGGUGUACCUAUGUAUGUAUGUCUCACAGAAGUCUGAUAGAGGAUAGCUGUAGUGUAUCUAUGUAUGCAUGUCUCACAGAAGUCUGAUAGAGGAUAACUGUGGUGUAUCUAUGUAUGUAUGUCUCACAGAGGUCUGACAGAGGAUAGCUGUGGUGUAUCUAUGUAUGUAAGUCUCACAGAGGGGUCUGAUAGAGGAUAGCUGUGGUGUGUCUAUGUAUGUAUGUCUCCCAGAGGUCUGAUAGAGGAUAGCUGUGGGGUAUCUAUGUAUGUAUGUCUCACAGAGGUCUGAAAGAGGAUAGCUGUGGCGUAUCUAUGUAUGUAUAUCUCACAGAAGUCUGAUAGAGGAUAGCCGUGGUGUAUCUAUGUAUGUAAGUCUCACAGAGGGGUCUGAUAGAGGAUAGCUGUGGUGUGUCUAUCUAUGUAUGCCUCACAGAGGUCUGAUAACUGGAUAGCUGUGGUGUAUCUAUGUAUGUAUGUCUCACAGAGGUCUGAUAGGGGACAGUUACCCCGACCUUGAACUAAGAAAAAUGUUAAACCCCUAUUCCAUAUACCUAUAUAUCCAAGAGUAUCACCAUGUCAAAUUAUAAAAAGAUUAGUCUUUGGUUCCGAAGUAACAAUUAAUCAUUACCCAUUUGGUCUAUUUUCAGUAACAGUGACCUUGACCUUUACCUAAGAAAGUAUUUAAACCCCUAUUACACAUGUACAUAUCAAAGUGCUUUAUCUUGCCAAAAUUCAAAAAGAUUGGUCAUUUGCAUUCUGGAAACUAAAGUGUGGAUGGACAGACAGAUAGACACAGUGAUUUCUAUAGGGCAUCCAGAUCGGACGCAGGCCAGGCGUUAAUAAUAUUUUCAUUCAAGUAUUUAAUUUGAUAUAUGAUACAGGUUUUCAGCUGCUGAUGAAUCCCUGCUUUAUAAUCUAUGUAUCAGAUUACACUGCUGCAGAAUUUCAGUGGCCACAGAAUCCUUGCUGUAAAAUACAGUGGAAUUUUAGCAGUUAGGAUGGGUAAUGAGAUACCUGAUCACAGAAACCGAUUUUUAAAUUCAAAAUUUGGAAUGUGGUCAACAAAAUAGCAGUUAGUUUGAAUGAAUGAGAAGACAUAAAGGCCUGCCGGAGCACAGUAAAACUUGUUUGUGUCAAACGUGCUUCAAUUGAAUACAGCAGAUGAUCUCCCCACCCUCUUUAUAUUUGUAAAUUUAGCAUUGGUGUCUUGAACAUGUACAGUCAAUUAAUGGUUGUGUUGAGUCUAUAUACAUGUUUUCCAGUCCCUAUCUUUGUUGGAAAUAACACUCAUUUAUAAAAACAACAUAUAUUCAUACAAGAGUGCAUCUCUGGCUGGUUAUCAUGAUAUUGUUAUGCUUACUGAUAUUCUCCCAUACUCGGCAAUUUUACCAUAUACAUGUAUAUAUACUCAAAUGCAUUAUUACUGUGAAUUCAUACCGCAAUAACAUUUGCUUUGGAUCCUGUACAGUGUUCAGUUGAAGACCUUAUCAUAACACAAGGACUGUGUGGUCUUCAAUCUGAUAUUGUAUUAUUAUCACUUAGAUAUUAUGUGCGGUUUAUAACCAAUAAUAUAUAUAUUACCUAUAUUGCAGACUGUAUCAAAAUUAGUACUAUGUUAUGGGAGUUACGUAUACCCCCCUUUCCCCACCCAUUCCAUACUGUGUAAAAUAAGUCAAUAUAUAAAUAUCUAAUUGUAUCUAAGUAUAUAAUUGGCGGUGAAACUUUAGACAAUGUCUAGAAGAAAUGUAUAAUCUGAAUUACUAAGCAAAUUAUUUUGUGAUCAUAUUAUUACAUAUAUCUAAGUACAUAAUUGGCGGUGAAACUUUAGAUAAUGGCUUGAAGAAAUGUAUAAUCUGAAUUACUAAGCAAAUUAUUUUGUGAUCAUAUUAUUACAUAUAAUUAUCUAUAUAUUUUAUAUACCUGCAACUUUUCUUUAUACCAAAAAAUGCAGAUUUAAUCACGAUGGAUAGACAAAUAUAUUAUUACAAAAAUCAAAUGAACUUUGAUUAAAUCUACAUGUACAAGAAAUUAAACCAUCAGUCACCAUAAGUACAUAAUUGUAUUGUAUCCAUUACUAAAUUAGUUAUGUAUAUGUAAUAUACACCAGUUGCACGAGGUCAAGAAAUGUACACUUAGGUUUCUAUUCUCUAUCUUCUUUAUGUUUGCAUUGUCUAAAAGGUUCUACGCCAAAUAUGAUACCUGCUUCUCAUGAUUAAUUAUUGAGAGUAAGCAAAAUUGUAAUUAUUUACAAUUAUAAUAUCAAUACAAUAUGUCUAUAUAUAUACCACCAAGGGUGAGGACUGAUAUAGGCUUUAAGCCUGUUGUCUAAUCCUUUUAACAUUGUAAUAUUCUUUAUGCAAAUAAAAUUUGUUGAAAUUGAAA